AUGUCUCGCAUAUUCAACGUCAAAGGUUCCAUCUUCAAAUACCACCUCGACAUCAUCCCAACUCAAGAGACCACCAGCCAUGCCGCCCAUGUGCGAAGGAGAGCUGUCACAGGCAACACACCACUGCUAACGAUGCACGACGGACCAGAUGAAAACGCGGCGGUGAUCGCAGUGUCCCAUUUGCCACAUUUCUCUAAAAACUUCAAAAUCGGUUUAGGCGACUCAAAGGGGCCGCCUGAUGCAAUGCGCUGGGAAGACAUGCUGUUUUCCAAUUCGGGCGUGAAGCACAGGUGGACUUUUGACGUGGCUCCAAAGAAUGAUGAUGUUAGUGAAGUGUCGGAGAUUGCAAAACCGGUAACAAAACGCCUUUGCUGGACCAGAACGAAGCACGUUACCGUGGAUGGAAUGCAUAAACCAACAUUUAGUGCGCAGAAUUACAAAUUGGUGGAAGAACAUGACGAUGAGGAUGAACCUGGGGAAGUGGCGGAGGAGAAGGACGGGAAGAAUAUUGUGGCUAUCUUCACGAGUACGUCGGCUAGAGGGGAGAUUGGCAAGAUUCAGUUGAAUGUGGACUACGGGAGGGAUUUCGAUGUCAUGGUUUGGAUGACUUGCUUGACGAUAUUUUGGGCUGGGCGAUGA